ACUAGUUAAACUAUUGGUAUAACUCACACAAUUCUUUUUUUUGUUUACAUUCUAGGAUUAACGAUUAUAAAAUUUUGGAAGACAGGUGACAGGAAGUAAGUAACAACUUAUUGCAUCCAAGAGUGAGACUGAAGUUCAACGAUAACCAACCAUGGUUUUAGUUCCUAAUGCCGUCUAUGGACAGCACAAUUUACAUGAAUCAGUAAAUACAGUUAACAAUGGUGUCCGUAGGAUAAACCUGUUAUCGUUUCAGCAAGCGAAAUUUAGGCAUUCCACCCAGGAAUCGCGUCCUUCAUAUUCCACAAAAUCGUUAGAACAUCAAAACCAGCAUAGACGGCGACCAACUCAUUCUUCACGGCAAGUAGGGUCUCGAAAACGCAAUCGUUAUUUGAAUGACUUUCAUCUUUUUAGUCAAAUUCCUGAAGAACAACAAGAAAGUAUAUACCAGGAAUACUGCUCAUCUAGACCAGUAUUUGGGUUUUCAAACGUACAUCAAGCAUUUUAUGAUAAUUAUAUCGAGGAUCCAUUACUAGACAUCUCUUCACAAAUGAAGCAUAAUGAGCAAGAUUUUCAUUAUUAUACGAUUGCUAGUAAGGUCCGCCAUGAAGUGAAACGUAGCAAUGCCUCGCAGUUGGUUAUAUUGCUCGAUAGUUAUCUUUAUAAUAUCGUUCAUGAAAAGUUAGCCUCGUGGAGUCAACAGCCAGACGAAAUAUACCAAUACGUUUCAGACAGUUUUUUCGUUACUGCCUCCCUUGACUCUAGGUCUAUUGAUGAAAAUAUUCAGUGUCAACGUCGACACCACUACGUCCGUUUGGAUGUUGAAUGUCCAAAGAAUAUCAAUGCUUCUACUUUUGCGAGGUAUUGGAUUCAUUUAAUUUGUGCUUAUUACAAUAUCAAUUCUACUUCUAUGUCAAGCCUGACGGGAAGGUUUAUCCUAAUGCAAGUACCAAAAGUGAACAAAAACCCGCCGGAGCAAUUGACUCGUCUGUUACUAUUGUAAAUAAUUACAUAUUUGUGAAUGGUGAAACUGUUUCCGUUAUUUAUCUUCUAUACCAAAUAAAUCUUAUAAAUUCCUGAUUUAUCCAAAUGUUGAAUUGAAGUACUGAUGGCUGCUUACGAAAUAAAAGAUAAAGAAUUAUGACAUUUCAUUAAACAAUUUUUUAUGAGAAUUACUAUUCUUAAAAUUUAUUCUGAAAAUCCCCAAUGGAAAAUAUUUUUUUCUGACUGGAGAGAAUGAAGGAUCAGUAUGAAAUGUUGGGUUUUGAGGUUUAUUUGGUGUUUAUUUCAAAGAUGUCAAACAAAUCGCUCAUACUCUCAUGUUUACUCGGAAGACUCGUUGAGCUUGUUUGUCUUGAAACACUUGAUGCGAAAGGAGAAUUUCUAUCCAAAGAUGCUUGCGCUUUUGCAGAAUAAGCACUUCCGUUUCUAACAGGGGAGGUUCUUUGUGAGGCCGCCGUAACAAUGGGCAAGCUUUCUGAUGAUCGAACUCCAAGCGGAUUUUUUGAGUAACUUAGGCGAAUUCCACCUUUAGGGCUAUUUUUUAGGAUAGCUCCUUGAAGUUUGUUUAAUGCUUUUGUAGCAUAAGAGAUCUCUUCAAACUCUACGAAGCACAUUGGGUUAUUACCCUUUACUUUGAAAGAAAGUCUGCGAUACCCUGGCUGUGUUGAGAAAAGCUUCCGCAACUCCUUUUCCUGGUCAUAAGCAGAAAUAUUUCCGACAUAGAUGGUAUUACAGGGAGUGUUAUGAUCCGUGUGAGCAUUUGCUUCUAAGGCAUCGGAGUCAAAUUCUACUUUAGGUGUAUCAGCCUGAAAGCACGAUAGCAAGUUGCUUUCAGUAAUUUGAGGAUUUGGAAUUGGCCGCUUUCUAAGGGACGGUCUUGACUUAACAACGUUUAAAUCUGGCAAAGGUUUCCAUUUUGGAGGACGAUGAGAUUCAUGUUCGUAGGGUGCUACGCCGUUAAGGGGUAUGGCUCGAGGCCGAAUUGCUGGCAGCUCUUUGACAGGACUCAAUCGUUCCAUCCUUAAGGCCUCUUCAAACGGGUUUGAGCGAUCAAGCCCUUGAAAAGAUGAAAAAGAAUUCUCUUUUUGAUAUGGAGGUUUUUCAGUGGCAUGGUAUCUGGCUUUCGGAGAGAUAGAUUGCGGUAGAGGUAAACGUUCAUCCUCAAUCGUAGGUGCAAGACUGCCAAAGAUAUCAUACGCGGGAUUAGCUUCGCUAAUAUCUGAUAGUGUUGUCGGUAGCUUUGUAAUUUUCUUGGAAGCAGUGGUUGAAAGUAGAGGGUUGGCCGUGGUAUUAUUAUACCCAUUCUUAGCAGUUUGAGGCCCAUACCAAGUCUUAUCUCCUAUCCCUCCAUUCUGAAAAGGUUGCUGGUUUUUCCAAGUUAAUGGAGAAGGACUCCUAAUAGAUGUUCUUGGUUGGCUCAUAUAAUCGGUUUUUGAACCUUUCAAAGGCUCGCAAGACUGUAAGCCAUCAAGAUUUGGGAAAGAAGAGGACAUCUUGCUUUCGGAAAUUGAAUCAAGGUACUGGGAGUUUUCCAUAUUUGGAGAAGGACGUAUAUUUCCUAAUAAAGGGUCGAGCUUCUUGUUGAUUGGCAUUGAACCUGGAUUGAACGAAGGAGUUGCUCGUUGUUGCAAAUUAUCAGUGAUUGGGAGGUUUCCCUGAACGAUUGUAAAUGUGUUGGUUGGCGAGUUCAUUAGCAUUUGCUUAGCUUUGGUAGCUGCACUCGGGUUAUUGAAGGUAACUAUUCCUUUACGACGACCAGAAUCUAUUACAACCUUUGAUUGAACAUAACCUUCACAAAACGUAAAGAUCCCACUGAACUCUCGGUUGUCAAUAUCAUCAGGAAGACCAUCGAGGACAUGGAGCGUGCAAGAGUUAAAGCUUUCAGGAGUAAAGUCAGUGAAUGAAUUUGAACCACUGCUGCUCUUCGAUUGUAAAGAUCUGUCUGUAUCAUCAAAUAUAUGUUCAGGAACCAAACUUGGGGUUCUUGACCGAAGAGAAAGGUUUAAUCCUCCAUUUUGUAGGUCAAAGGAGGUAAGCGAGUUUAGAGUAUUCACAGAUGAACGACCAUCCGAAACACUGCAACUAUUGCCACGGAACUUUGGAGGGGAAUUACCUAUUCCUUCUAAGCUAGGGGAAGAAUCAUAAGUCGGAUUCCAGAGAGAAGGACGAGAUUGCACUGGACGAUUGGCUGGGAAGCUUGAAGCAUCCACCACUCCUGAAGCUGCACUGGAAGCAUUUGUGGCAGACAAGGAAGGCAAUUUCGUGGGGCUCGUUCCUAUAGGAUUCAUGUUUGACAGAUAAGGAGGAGCCGCAGAUUUUGCAGGUUGGGCGUAAGGAGCAUAGAGAUAAUUCAACGGAUGGGAUACACCAUUUGACAUUCCUGAUAACAAGGGAUUGAGCAAGCUACCAGAACUUCCAUCAAGCGUAUGACUUGUCUGCGGUUGUUCAGACCCGUUGUUCCAAGGAUUAGAAGAAAGACUAGAGACAGACAUUCGUCCGCUAAUAUCUUCAGGUUUAGCAGGUUUCUGAUGAUUGUUGAGUGUAGACAGUUGACUCAUUGUGAAAGAUGAGAUCGCCUUGUUGACUCAAAUAAAAAAACCUACGGAUUGGAUAAAAGUUUAUUAAUAGGAAACGAAGGCUAGAACCCCUCUGUAGAAUGAAAAUGGAUAAGAGCUGGAUGAAUGAUUGCUGGUGAAAACUGUUAACUUGAAAAUAUACCCGAUGACAAGUAGGAAACAAAUAUGUAUGGGUAAAAGCGAGUUCGUAAAGACUUUUCAGAAUAUGAGGUUUUCAAUGUCUUAAAAAGAAUGGCUUGAUCCGAUUUACCUUCUGCUUGUUUGUUUGUUUAUUUGUACACAAACUCUAAAGGAUUGAGGUAAACAAUAAAGAGAAGAGGUAAAUAAUUAGGAAAAAUAUUUAACUGAAAUUGCAAUCAAAAAAGAAAGGCUAUCGAAAGGAAAGAAGAGAACCAAAAAGAAGCUGCAACAAUGGGAGAAACAACAAACUAAAAUCCGAAAUCGAUACUUUUUCUGGAACUAAAGGAAUUGCAGAAAGAGAAUAAUGGGGAUAGAAAGAAGAGUUUGGGAAAACGAAAAGAAUAUGGGGAUUCCACGAAUAUAGAAAAUUAAUUAUUAAAUGAAUGAGUGGAACUUCGGUAUCUGACUGAAGUAUAUGCUCACGCAAAAAGUCCAAUUCAAUAACAAACACUGUAUAAGUAGAGUGUUUGUUUAUGGGGAAACAAAAAAGGGGAAACUUCUAACCAAAACGAAACACAAAAUGUGAUAGAUUAUAUAAAUUUUCAGGCAAAGGAGAGUCAAGGCAAAUGUUAUGUGAAUGGUAAUGGGGACUGAUACAAAAAGGAAAGGAAGGAUUGAUUACCAGGAAUAUAUAAACGAACAAGGACGAUGCGAGCGAUGUACACUAGUCCGCAAAGAACAGGUUAAUGCAAAAAGGGGGGGUUGAUUGUUUCGAUAAAUGAGUAAUCACUAAGCAAAGGCUAGUAAAAAAAUUGGUGGAUCUAUGUCGAGAUAUAGAUUUGAAUACCAGACUUCUCCUUGCUAGAGGUAGAGGUAGGUAGGCUUUAUAUACUUUUCCUCCUACAACCCCGCUUAUCAAUUCCUAAAAGACUGCGAAACGAAAGCAUUACAAAAUCUCAAGCCAAAUUAAAGCCCAAAAGAGCUAGAUUGGUUCUACCGGUUGAGUAAUUGUGUUGUAAGCAUCACUCCAAGACAGCUCACUCAGAUUCUCCUUUGAAAACUGAGAAAGGGUAAGGGUUAUCUGGAUAAAACGUUUUGGAACCAGUUUUUGAGGCUGGAAGAAUCUUUUCUGACACGUUCUCAUUUGAUUUUGGUAUUUCUCCUUUCUCAUCCUUCGCGACGUAAACAAACAGCCUUUAUACAGUGACGCACGAAGUGCAUUUUUAUCCCUUCGUACCUUAACUCAGCGUUUCCUCCUUCUCUAAAUCCCCAGAUUGGCAUGCCUGACCCUUUCUCUCUAAAUUAGUCUAAGCUUUAUUGGAAAUGCUUGACAUCAUAUUUUGUGACAUCACGAAGCAUGCUGUCAUUGAUUGGUUCUUUUUUAUAGCGUCAUAAACUUUAUUUGCCGAGGCUGCUUUAUGGCUUAUUUGCUUUAGACUUUAAGCUCGUUAUGGCUCCGCCGUAUAUUCAAUAAUGACAUACAGUAUACUUCAUUAUCUGUUGAUAGAAAUAGAUACAGCAUUCCACAGGAAUUAUUAAAUAAACAAUAGAGGUAAAAAACUCGGUCAAAAAACUGACAAAGUU